AUGGCUGGUGGUUUGGGGGGCCACCGGACGUUCACUGGUGCUGGAACAGGACGCUGCAAGUAUAGCCUGCGCUCUUCUACGGAAUUCCUCGAAGAAAUCCGAGACCCCCCAGGAACAGGCACUAUCGCCUCUUUGGACGUAGAAUCCCUUUUCACGAACGUUCCUGUCGACGAGACCAUCAAUAUCAUAAUGGACCGCAUCUACAGGGACCCCUCUACACCCCAGCUAAAUAUCCCAGAAGUAUCUCGGCGGGCACUCCUCGAAAUAUGUACGAAGAAGGCCCCUUUCUCCACCCAUAAAGGCCAGAUGUUCCGGCAAAAGGACGGAGUCCCCAUGGGUUCCCCUCUCGGUGUCCUAUUCGCCAACUUUUAUAUGGGUACUGUGGAAGAGAGAGUUUUCUCCAAUAUUAAAAAACCCCGCAAAUACGUAAGAUAUAUUGACGAUAUCUUUGUACAAGCCGAGAAUGAGGAAGAGGUUGAAGCUGUCCGGCGCAUGUUCCAGCAGUGCAGAUCGCUGAAAUAUACCGUAGAAUUCAGCAACGAAGGCCAGCUCCCCUUUCUCGACGUCCUCGUCUCCAAGACCGACGAUAGUCUAAAAACUUUGAGAAAGAUUCCGAAUGCCACUGGGGAAGAUGCUCUCAAAGCUACCACACUGAAGACAGUUUUUACCUCAGUCAAAGGAUCAUUCCUUUGCUUCGUGGACAGGAGUCCUUAG